AUGAGCUUCGCUCACGACGAAGAAAGCGGCCCUGGCGGUCGCACUGGCCGCCAUGGCAGUGUCUCCGUCUACGCCACCAACAUGGGCGCCCCUACUUAUGACGCCGGUCGCAGACGAUCCUCCAUUGUCCCUGCCGGCGUUGUUGGAGCCACCCAGGGUGAGGCUGUCUUCAACCAAAAGGAUGAGACCUUCCGAAAGAUGUCGGUUGCUGUCCCUAAUUUGGCUGAGCUCUCUGCGGAUGCCAAAGCGGCAGCAGAUCUUGAGACUAGCAUGGGUUUCCGCGAGGGCUGCAAGUUGUACCCAAAGGCCAUCAUGUUCUCCUUCUGUCUCUCCUUGGCUGUGAUCAUGGAGGGUUAUGACACCUACCUUCUCGGAAAUUUCUUCGGCAACCAGUCCUUCGCCAGAAAGUUCGGUGGCCCUGGACCCAUCAAAGAUGGCGUUCAGACAUACGAAGUCAGUCCAACAUGGCAGACUGCCCUUGGUAACGGUACCGCGGCUGCUCAAAUUAUCGGUCUCUUCUUGAACGGCAUCAUUUCCGAGCGCAUUGGAUACCGCUGGACUAUGAUUGGUGCUCUCCUCUUUAUCACUGGCACCAUCUUCAUCACAUUCUUCGCCGUAAACGUCCACAUGUUGCUUGCAGGCUACGUCCUCUCUGGUCUUCCAUGGGGUGUUUUCCAGACCCUUACAACCACCUAUGCCGCUGAGGUGACUCCCGUACCUCUCCGACCAUAUCUUACUACUUAUGUCAACCUCUGCUGGGUUAUUGGCCAGCUCCUCGCUGCCGGUAUUCUCAAGGGCUUCGUCAAUGUCACCGACGAGUGGGCAUAUCGUAUCCCUUAUGCCAUCCAAUGGAUCUGGCCACUCCCAAUCGCUCUGACCGCAUUCUUGGCUCCAGAGUCACCGUGGUGGUUGGUCCGCCAUGGCAAGCUCGAUCAAGCUCGCGCAGCACUUCUCAAGCUUACCUCCAAGAAAAACACCCGAUUCAACGUUGAGGAUACAUUGGCUAUGAUGAUUCACACCAACGAGCUCGAAAUCCAGCAAACCGCUGGUACUAGCUAUCUUGACUGCUUCAAGGGAGUCGAUCUCCGACGAACCGAGGUUACCUGCAUGACAUGGCUCAUUCAACAGACUUCUGGCUCUCCUAUGAUCGGUUGGGGUACUUACUUCAUGAUUCAAGCCGGUCUUGACGAUAAUGACGCCUAUUCCCUUGGUGUCGGUCAGAGUGCUAUGGGUUUCAUGGGCACCGUCCUUUCCUGGUUCUUGAUGCCCCACUUUGGUCGCCGCACUCUUUACAUCUGGGGCCAAGUCGGUAUGUUUAUUAUCUUGAUGAUUAUUGGCGGUCUCGGAGUUCCUGGUCUCUCUACUUCAGUCGGCUGGGCAUCCGGUGCUUUGAUCCUGAUCUUGACAUUCGUCUACGAUUUCACCGUCGGACCCGUCUGCUACUCUUUGGUCGCUGAGCUUCCAUCCACCCGUCUGAGAAUCAAGACUGUCGUACUCUCGCGAAACGUGUACAACGUCAUGGGAAUAGUCAUUGGAACUCUUCAACCUCGCAUGAUGAACCCCACUGCCUGGAAUUGGCGUGGAAAGACCUGCUUCUUCUGGGGUGGUCUCAAUCUGCUUGGAUUGAUCUGGACUUAUUUCCGUCUCCCUGAACCAAAGGGUCUCACCUAUGCCGAGCUCGAUGUUCUGUUCGAGAACAAGGUUUCUGCACGCAAAUUCAAGUCGGUUAAAGUUGAUCCAUACAGAUCCGAUAACUUGGUCAUCAUCCCCGAUGAGGACGUCAGCUCUCACGAGAAGAAGAAUGGUUUCUAA